AUGUCCCGACCUCGUUCCCGAUUCUUACCCACUCGACGAUCCCUCCCCUUCCUUAUUCUCUCAACCAUAUUUGUAUUGUACAAAUCCAUCCCUUCCGACAUAUCCUCCAGAGCACCCCGACUAUCCUCUUACCUCUCUUCUGAAGACGUAUUCUACCCACAUCCUAAUGCUCAUGCUCAGUAUGAUUCACCGAUCAGCACGAGAUCAGCAGGUGAUCAUGGGACGUUCGUAGAGACCAGUGCGUACGAUUUGCCAAAAUUGAUCAAAUCCAAGUCAACCACUAAAAGACAGAGGAGCAAGAGGUUUGAGAUCACCGAAGAGGGACAAGGGUCGCAAGUAAUUGGAGAAGAAGAGACAGGAGAUGAAGUUAGUGGGAUAAGCGAUUUGAGGAUUGCUGUUUUGGAACAUGCAGGAUUUCAUGAGGAGGUCGUGGGGGCUGUACUGAAAACUCUCACGGAUAUCGGAGCGAACUUUACUUUAUAUCGAGACAAAUUCCGAUGGGGAUACGCCGAAGUCCUCUCAUCAGGAAUGAACUACACAACUCCCCCAACCAUGUACUCUGACGGUACUUUCGCAGACGCAGUAUCCAAUGGGGAAAUCGAUGUUACCAUUCAUAUCUCAUGCGAUCACGAAUUUUGGAAUUGGCCUCGGAACGUACCUGCCUACGAGGCUAUGAAGAAUAACCAAAAUAUGGAAGUGAUCUGUAUGUUACACGAGUUAGAAAAUCUGAGUGAAAAAGAAAGGAAUAGUUGGGAAGUAGCUGCGAAACAAAAUCGAUUGACAUAUUUGACACUGAGUAAACAUGUCAAGAAUUAUUUGAAAAAUGAAGUCUUGAAAUGGUCUCAUAGUUUGAAACAAUUACAUUGGGGUAAAGUGGAUGUAGAGGAAUUUGUUCCGAUCUUCCCAGUGGACGCAUCGAAAUUACCAGAUAGUGAAGAUGUCUCCGUCUCACAGUUCUUCCCCAAACGUGCUGAACGUAUACCAUCGAGAUUAGCAAUCUUGGGUAACAUUCAACCUUGGAGAAGAACUUAUAACCCUAUUCUGAGUGAUUUGCAUGCUGCCAUUGAGGCCGAUCCUGCAGCCUGGGGAUAUCUACCUUUAUCAUCCGAACCCAACUCCACUUAUAUUUCAGCCAAUGACGAUUCCAGACCACCCGUCACACUUCAUUUCAUUGGAUCGCUAGCUCCCACCGCAGAACUGAAUAUCCCCGACUCAAUGAGGGAUAUGGUGUUUAUUCAUUCGGGUUUGGAAUAUAUUAGUUUUUAUAGGUUAUUAGGUUCGAUGGAUCUUGUACUUCCCGCUUUCAUGGGUUGGACAUAUUUAGAAAAGAAAUUGAGUUCUGCCAUUCCAGCUGGCGUGGUCAGUCGAGUUCCUGUACUUGGAUCCGAACUUUUACUCAACGCCUAUCAAUUCCUGCGUGAUCCAUCUAUCGUCCUCCACGCACCUGGUCUAAGGGAGAUUGAAGCUAUUUUGUUGUUGAGAAAAGGUAUCGACCCAUAUACCAAUCAACCUAAAUCCCAUCAUGCCAGCUCUGGUACGGGAGUCACCAAACCUUUGUUGCCAGGUAAAAUCACCUAUAAUAUCCAAACUGGCGAAAAGAAACAAUUACCUUUAGGUAUGAAGAAGCUCAACGAUGAUAUACCUACUAAAUCCAUAGGAAGUAGUUCUGAAGAGGAUUGGAAUGAAUACCACAAUAGAUUGUAUAGGGCUAAUAAGGAGAUGAUGCUUGAGUUACUUGAAGGGUUGAGUAGGAGAAUUGGUGAUAGGAAAAUUAAGAGUAUGGUCGUGGACGUACCAGUUCAAGAAGAUAAGGUGGAGACUGUUGUUCAGUGA